AUGGCUGACGUGGCUGCUAUGGAGUCCCAGUGGAGGCAGCAACUGGCGGCGAUGAGGGAAGCUAUCGCCGAGUUGAAGCUUCCCGAUCACGCCGUGAGUGACGGGCCCAGCUAUGGCUCUGAUUUGGACUUGGAUAUCGAUGAAGAAUACUCGUCCCCAGGAACGGUGGAUGACAUCUGGGACGUGAUCAGCUCCGGCGAAGAAAGCCUCGACGACUUGGACGAUAUUAACGGCGUGCCUCUUCCUCCGACAGAUGGCUACGAUUACGCUUGGCUGGAGAAAAAGUGCCAGACACUGGCAGCUCAGAAGGGAGGAUUGGACCAUGGCGAGUUGGUACAGCAGAUCACGGCAGUGCUGGCAGCCGACAGUGGCGACGAUGAACUGCAGAUGUCGUUGGCGGAGAUUGUCGGAUUCGAUGACCUCGACUUCGUGAUCGAACUGAUCACCCAUAGAGCGGAGAUCCUCGCUUCCAGAACGACAAGAACUGAAGCGCAGACGAACGGACUGAUGAAGGGCCGGUUGCAGACACGAGCUGAGCGCGAGCAGGCCCUCCGCCAGCAGGACUACGAGCAUAAACAUGCGCCUCUAGCGGCAGCUCAAAAUCGGGAUGAGCCCAGGUAUCCCCAUGUGUACAAAGUAUACGACGCGCGGAAUACCUUGUCACUAGGAGGCAAGAAGUAUGGUCUUCCGGUUGGCAGCAAACAAAUCGAAGAGCAGAGGUACACCGAAGUAAGCGUUCCAGCCUCGCGAGGGGCACUACCACCCGGAGCGAAUAAGAAACUGGUCCAGAUUUCAUCUUUGGAUGGGCUGUGUAGGGGCACGUUUAAAGGCUACAAGACACUCAACCGGAUGCAAAGCCUGCUUUAUGACGUUGCCUACAAAACGAGCGAAAACAUGCUCAUUUGCGCUCCGACUGGAGCUGGUAAGACAGACGCGGCAAUGCUGACGAUUCUCAACGCUAUCAGCAAGAACGUCACACCGAAUCCCCAUGAAGAUCCGGAUGCAACCGAAUUUACUGUUCAGUUUGACGACUUCAAAAUCGUCUACGUCGCUCCUAUGAAAGCUCUGGCUGCUGAAGUGACGGAGAAGUUGGGGAAACGGCUGGCCUGGCUCGGAAUUCACGUCCGUGAAUUGACCGGUGAUAUGCAGUUGACAAAGCGGGAGAUCAUGGAGACCCAGAUUAUCGUCACGACCCCUGAAAAAUGGGAUGUCGUCACGAGAAAGAGUACUGGCGACACAGAGCUCGUCCAAAAAGUUCGUCUCCUCAUUAUCGAUGAGGUUCAUAUGCUUCAUGAUGAACGUGGUGCAGUUAUCGAGUCUCUUGUUGCCAGGACACAGCGCCAGGUCGAAAGCACGCAGUCGCUGAUUCGAAUCAUCGGUCUGUCAGCCACGCUCCCAAAUUAUAUAGAUGUCGCCGAUUUCCUCAAAGUCAACAGAAUGGCGGGACUAUUCUUCUUCGACUCAUCAUUUCGUCCUGUGCCUCUGGAGCAACACUUUAUUGGUGUCAAGGGGAAGCCCGGAUCCAAGCAGUCACGCGAAAAUCUUGACAUCGUUGCAUUCGAGAAAGUGCGAGAGAUGCUCGAGCAAGGCCACCAAGUCAUGGUUUUCGUCCACUCGCGAAAGGACACUGUCUUGACGGCUCGAACUCUCCGACAGAUGGCCGUAGAAAAUCAAUGUGAGAAUCUGUUCAUGGCGCAGGAUCACGAGGGAUAUUCCCAAGCCCUUAAAGAUAUCAAGACGGCUCGUGCGCGGGAGCUGCGUGAUCUUUUUGCUGCUGGUUUCGGCGUGCACCAUGCUGGCAUGACCAGGUCGGACCGCAAUCUCAUGGAACGCCUGUUUUCUGAAGGGUUAAUCAAGGUGCUCUGCUGUACGGCGACCCUGGCGUGGGGUGUGAACCUCCCCGCUGCUGCAGUCAUCAUCAAGGGGACACAGCUAUACAGCCCGCAGGAGGGUAAAUUUGUUGACCUUGGAAUCCUCGACGUUCUUCAGAUUUUUGGUCGUGCUGGUCGUCCGCAAUUCCAGGACACUGGUAUUGGUUUCAUCUGCACUACGCAUGACAAGCUCCAUCACUAUAUCUCUGCUGUGACGGCGCAGCAACCAAUUGAAUCUCGAUUCUCCAGCAAGCUCGUUGAUAAUCUGAACGCGGAAAUCGCCCUUGGCACGGUCACUUCGGUGUCGGAAGCUGUUCAAUGGCUUGGAUAUUCCUACCUCUUUGUGCGAAUGAAACGUGAGCCACGGAACUACGGUAUCGAGUGGGCGGAGAUUCGGGACGAUCCGAUGCUGAUCCAGAGACGUCGCAAGUUGGUCAUUGAUGCUGCCCGAAUUCUCCAAAAGAGCCAGAUGAUCAUCUUUAACGAGAGAACAGAAGAACUGCGUGCAAAGGAUGUCGGUCGAAUUGCAAGCCAGUUCUAUGUCUUACAGACCAGUAUCGAGAUUUUCAACGAGCUGAUGCGUCCACGAGCCAGCGAAGCAGAUGUGCUCCGAAUGAUCAGCAUGAGUGGCGAGUUUGACAACAUCCAAGCUCGUGAAAACGAAUCAAAGGAACUAGAUCGCCUGCGAGACGAGGCAGUGGAGACCGAAGUCGAGGGAGGUAACGAUUCCCCUCAUGCAAAGACCAACAUCCUGCUCCAGUCGUUCAUAUCCCGUGCGAAGCUGGAGGACUUCGCUCUCGUAUCGGACAUGGGGUAUGUCGCUCAGAAUUCCGCACGAAUCUGCCGGGCUCUCUUUAUGAUUGCCCUGAAUCGCCGUUGGGGAUACCAAUGCCAGGUUCUUCUGUCCCUGUGCAAGUCGAUUGAAAAGCAAAUUUGGCCCUUUCAGCACCCCUUCCACCAGUUUGACCUGCCCCAGCCGAUUCUCAGAAACCUGGAUGAAAAGCUGCCCACUUCGUCCAUUGAGUCGCUGAGAGACAUGGAGCCGGCUGAGAUUGGACAGCUGGUCCACAAUCACCGCAUGGGCAACACCUUGUCCAAGCUUCUUGACAAUUUCCCAACUUUAAGCGUCGAGGCAGAGAUCGCCCCUCUGAACAGGGAUGUCCUUCGUAUCCGCUUGUCCCUCUAUCCUGAAUUCAGCUGGAAUGACAGACACCAUGGAACGUCUGAGGCCUAUUGGAUUUGGGUCGAAAACUCUGAUACUUCGGAGAUUUACCAUCACGAAUACUUCAUUUUAAGCCGGAAAAAGCUUCAUGAUAACCAUGAGCUCAACUUCACCAUUCCGCUCUCUGAUCCUUUACCCAGUCAGAUCUACGUUCGUGCUGUAUCUGACCGGUGGCUGGGUGCAGAAACUGUCACUCCAGUUUCGUUCCAGCAUCUCAUCCGUCCAGAUACAGAGAGUGUGUACACGGACCUCCUGGACCUGCAGCCUCUCCCAAUCACGGCACUGAAGAAUCCCAUUUUGGAGGAGAUCUAUGGACAACGUUUCCAGUAUUUCAAUCCUAUGCAGACGCAGAUCUUCCAUACCCUGUACCACACGUCGGCCAACGUGCUGCUGGGAUCUCCUACGGGAAGUGGUAAGACCGUUGCGGCCGAGUUAGCAAUGUGGUGGGCUUUCCGAGAAAAGCCAGGUUCAAAAGUGGUGUACAUUGCUCCAAUGAAGGCUCUUGUUCGGGAACGAGUUCAAGACUGGCGAAAACGGCUGACAGCUCCUAUGGGCCUGAAGCUGGUUGAGUUGACCGGUGACAACACACCAGACACAAGGACCAUCAGAGAUGCAGAUAUCAUCAUCACCACUCCGGAAAAAUGGGACGGUAUUUCUCGAAGCUGGAAGACAAGAGACUAUGUUCGACAGGUCAGCCUGGUCAUUAUUGAUGAGAUCCAUCUUCUGGGUGGCGAUCGUGGUCCUAUUCUCGAGAUCAUCGUAUCCCGCAUGAACUAUAUCGCCUCGCAGUCCAAAGGCUCGGUCCGACUGAUGGGCAUGUCGACUGCCUGCGCCAACGCCACGGAUCUUGCCAACUGGCUCGGUGUGAAAGAAGGCCUGUACAAUUUCCGACACUCCGUCCGUCCCGUUCCGCUUGAGAUCUACAUUGAUGGCUUUCCAGAACAACGUGGAUUCUGUCCGCUGAUGCAAUCGAUGAAUCGACCGACUUUUCUGGCUAUCAAGAACCACUCUCCUGACAAGCCAGUCAUUGUCUUUGUGGCUUCACGGAGACAGACGCGUCUGACUGCCAAGGAUCUGAUUAACUAUUGUGGAAUGGAGGAUAAUCCUCGGCGUUUCGUGCGUAUGUCUGAAGAAGACCUUCAGCUCAACCUGUCUCGAGUCAAGGACGAUGCCCUACGGGAGGCUCUCAGCUUUGGCAUCGGAUUACAUCAUGCGGGUUUGGUUGAGUCUGACAGACAGUUAGCCGAAGAACUGUUCGCAAAUAACAAGAUCCAGAUACUCGUAGCGACCAGCACGCUUGCCUGGGGUGUCAACCUUCCCGCACAUUUGGUCGUGGUCAAGGGCACGCAGUACUUUGAUGCCAAGAUCGAGGGUUACAAGGACAUGGACCUGACAGACGUGUUGCAGAUGUUGGGUCGUGCUGGUCGUCCCCAGUUUGACUCGUCAGGUAUCGCGCGCAUCUUCACUCAGGAUUCUAAGAAGGCGUUUUACAAGCAUUUCCUCCACACUGGGUUUCCCGUUGAGUCGACUCUGCAUAAGGUCCUUGACAACCACUUGGGCGCAGAAGUGUCUGCAGGCACUAUCGUGACGAAACAAGAUGCAUUAGACUACCUGACGUGGACAUUCUUCUUCCGACGGCUCCACAAGAAUCCCUCGUAUUAUGGUCUUGAAAUACCAGCCGAUGAACACAACACCAUUGCUGCGCAGCAGAAGGUGACGGACUUCAUGAUCCACUUGGUUGACAAGUCAUUGGAUGAGUUGGCAAAGUCGUCCUGUGUCAUCGUCGACUCCGCUACGGGCGAUGUUGACCCGACUCCUUUUGGCAAAAUCAUGAGUUAUUACUAUCUUUCUCACAAGACCAUUCGAUAUCUCAUAUCCCAUGCGAAGAGAGAGCCGACCUUCCAGGACGUCCUGAGCUGGAUGUGCUCUGCCACUGAAUUUGACGAGUUGCCGGUGCGCCACAAUGAAGAUCUCAUCAAUGGCGAGCUAGCGCGCAAUCUCCCGUUGUCAGUAGAGUCGAUGGGAUCACUUCCUCUAUGGGAUCCCCAUGUCAAGGCUUUCCUGCUGUUGCAGGCUUACAUGUCGCGAGUGGAUCUACCAAUUUCGGAUUAUGUCGGAGACCAGAUUUCGGUCCUGGACCAAGGCAUCCGUAUUAUUCAGGCAUCGAUCGAUGUUCUCGCGGAAUUGGGCUAUCUGCCUGCUUGCCGGAUGAUGAUGACUCUUCUGCAGUGCAUCAAGUCGGCACGAUGGCCUGAAGACCACCCACUGUCUAUCCUACCGGGCAUUGAACCAGAGUACAUCAAACCUGAGCUUCUGCCUGAGUCUCUUAUGGCGCUGUCCUCUCUUCCAGCGUCAGCUGUAUCUUCCCUUACGCAGAAACUCCAUCUCCCUCCGAUGACAUCCACGCAAUUUACCAAAGCCGUGUCGACUCUACCACGGCUGUCUGUCGCGCUCUCUGAAGUGUCCGCCCGCGGUAUAACAGUGACGCUCACGCGACAGAACCCCCACCCAUCCCCAGAAUACAAGAUCUACGCUCCUCGCUUCCCCAAGCCGCAGACAGAAGGCUUCUUCCUGAUCGUCUCCGCCGCAACAGCCAACGGUGAUGACGACGGGGACAUCCUUGCAUUGAAACGCGUCUCCUGGCCACCUGUUGUUGUAGACGAGAACCGCAGCACGACGGCAAAGAAGCAGACGACUACCGCGAAAGCAACGGUCAAAUUCCCAGAGAAUAAUAAUGCAUCAUCACCCAUCAACGGCGUUGCCGCUAGCGGCAGCGGCAGAAGGAAAGUCAACGUGAAGAUCGUGAGCGACGCGUACAUUGGGAUGGAGUGGACGAUUUCGGGCGUUGAUGUGCCGGCGCCGGAAACGACGGUCGAAGUAGCUGCACAGCCUGAGAAGCCGUCCAGUAGUACAUAA